AUGUAUAAUUAUUCUACAAUACAAAAACGAGGACUUGGAUUUAUCAUGAAAAGAGCAACUAUCACCACCACGACAAUAGCAUCAACAAAGACUACUCUAAAUACCAUUAAUACUAUUAAUACAAAAUCAACUAGUCGUUCAAAUAGUGUUAGUUCAAGUUUAUUUUCACCCAGACCUUCAAUUCCAAUUAUGGAUACUAAAUUAAAAGUAUAUGUUUCAUUAGAUACAAAUGAAUCAAAACCAGGACCUAAUUCAACAUUAUCAAUAAAAGGAUAUGAUAUUUAUAAUGGAUUUUUAAGUUUUAAUAUAUCAUCAUUAGAAAUUUCAUCAUCAUCAUCAAAUAAAAUAAUAUAUAUUGGAUUAUUUGCACCUAAUCAAACUGAAGUCACAGGAGAUUAUAAUUAUCAGAUUGGAGUUUCUACUAAUACAGAUAAUUCAACAGCAUUAUUUAGAAUAAAUGAUGAAACUAUUAAUUUAUCAGCAUCAUUUUUAACUUAUAUAGUAGAUUCCAAUAGUGUAGUGGGUUUAUAUAAUUCAUUAUGUGCAUAUGAAUCCAAUACUCCUGACAAUAUUAAUAUCACAUAUAGUGAAACCACUAGAGGUUUCAUUUAUCCUGAUAAAGGAAAAAAAGUUACAAUCUCAAUAAAUAAUUUAAAAAAUGGAAUGAAUUAUACAGCUUUGGUUAUUUCUAAAAAUAUUAAUGGUAAGGUUAAUAACAUCACCGAUAAUAGUAAUAAGGAUUUUCAUAUUGAUCCAAUACUUUUACACACAAAAUCACUAGCUUAUUCUGUACCCGCCAAUCCACUCCUUCCCAUUUCAAAGAUCAUUAAAUUUUAUGAUGAACUCGCCGAAGAAUAUUUUAAAAAUUUCACUUUAACACUUUCGCAAUUUUCAUGUAACAAGACACAUUAUUCAUUGGUUAGAAGUUGUAAUGAUUGUUUGGAAUCAUAUAAGAAUUGGAUUUGCGCAAUGACCGUACCUCGAUGUGGGGACGCAGAUUUCUUUUCAACUUCUGAUGAUGAUAAUGAUUUUUCCGAUUCUUCAAUAAUUGGAGGAAUCGCUCGAAAUGCAAAUAAAAGUAGAAUUCCCAAGAUUGAUAAAGAGAUGGUACCCGGAGCAUACAUCGAGAUACCUCCUUGCAUUAAUUUAUGUUAUAACACCACUCAAUCUUAUGGAAUAAUGAAUUCCCCAGAAAAAGGUUCGAUAUCUAACGUAACUUGUAAUCCCAUGGGAAGUGAUUGGAUUAAAACUAAUUCAGCGACGAGAAACAACUUGAUUUUAUUUUAUUGGUGGAAAUGGAUCGUGGGAAUAAUAGGGAUAAUUGAAAUUAUAUUUCAAUUGGGAUUAUUAUUAUUAGUAUAA